CCACGAGCUAAGGAAGACAGGCUCAUCGAGCUUAUCGUGCGUCCGGGCGCAUCCGAUGCCUGCCCUCGGAACAGAUCAAGUCAACGGUCAAACAAAUCACCGGCCCUCAACCUCAUCCUCCUCCCCCUCCCCCUCCUCCGGCGCAUGUUAGAACAAGGCAGCGACAGAUCCAAGCCAGACCAGACAUGUCCCAAUCCAGUGAACCCCACCCUCUCUCUCCCCCGUCACUGCCCACACAUUUUCCUUCCAACACCAGCACCAACAUCACAACACAUCUCUCUCUCUCUCUCUAACCACCAACACCUCCAUGGCACACCGCACCAAGCACAGGCGCGAUAUGGCAGCUGCAGAGCUCCAAACCCGGACUCAACCCACCCUCAAGAAGCACCCAAAGCAAGCCCUUAUCACCACCGCCAUAGCCAUAGUCGAAGACCCAGAUCCCGCCAUUCCCUCUAAGCCCUUCGACAUGCCCAGGAUUGCAAUUUCCCAGAAGCCCACCAAUUUCAGCUCUACGCCUACUAAAGUAGACACCCUCUUGCAAGCCAAGGCCUUGAAUAAAUCUGCAGACUUUGAGUCUUCCAAGUUCUCUUCUUGCUCGGCCACGGCCAAGCAAGGCAAGGGAAAUCAAGAAGUGGGGAAGCGGGGCAAGAAGACGAAGGGCGACUGUGCGGUGAAGGCGAAGAAAUUGGUGGCCAGGGAAUGGGAGGAUGGGGACGGGGGAGCUAGGGCGGUUGAGAAGGAGAGGAGUAAGAUUAAGGUGUCUCGAGAUGGGAUUGACAUGGUCAAGUUCUCGUCUCUGUCGGUGGAGGAGGAGGAGGAGUUGAGGAAGUGCCACGAAGAGGCUGUUGAUGGUGCGAGGAGGAAUUCGACGUCUUCAAUGGUGGCGAGUGGUAGGAGGAGGAGGUCCUUCGGGGGCGCACAGGUUGAGCUGGGUGAUGUUUUCGCGAGCAGCGGAGUGAGAGUUGUUGCAGUGGACAUGCCACCCUUUAUGCAGAUUCAUGCUGUGGACUGUGCGAGGAAGGCCUCUGAUAGCCUUGAGAAGUUCAGCUGCAAGGCGCUUGCUUUCACACUCAAGAAGGAGUUUGAUGGGGUUUACGGACCUGCUUGGCACUGCAUUGUAGGGACAAGCUUUGGGUCUUUUGUGACACACUCGGUUGGGGGGUUCAUGUACUUCUCAAUGGAUCAAAAGACGUAUGUCCUCUUGUUUAAAACUACAGUACAAAGAGCAGAUUGAGGUCGCUUGACUAGGGAGGAAAAGGAGAAAGAUUGGAGAGCCUUUUUUUAGGUAGGGAAAGUCCUCUGUAAGGCUAUAAAAGCUACACCGCAAUGUUGUAUCCUCUUUGUAAAUUGUACAUUGGUUCUGAUUUACAAGAGUUGGGGAAAUUGCAUUGCCCUUUUGCUUUC